AUGUGCUUUACAAACCGGACCAGCUUCGUGGUGGAGGCUUUUUGGCUAAAUUUUAACGGCGAGGAGGUGUCCUAUGGCCUCAUCAAGCCAGGUGCAACGCAUUUGCUGUACACGUACUUGACUCAUCCAUGGGUAUUCCGCAACCACGAGAACAACAAGGAGGUGCUUGUGGUCCACGGCAAACCGGUAUGUGCCGUGCGUGCUGUAAUCCUCGACCGCAUGGUUUGGACUCCCUGGUUCCACCUGGUUUCGACCGUGGUCCUUUUCGCAGCGAAAAGCGAGCGGCAGGAGGAGCUGCGACAUGGCGAGUUGCCGUUGCGGCACCAGAAAGCUCCGCAACAGCAGCAGCAGCACUGGCGGUCGACUAGCUCCGCGCCCCAGGCACCAGCGCCAGUCCCGGCUACACAUCCUUCCCCAAACCCGAAUGCCGGCUCCACGUGCAUCAUCACGACGUCGGAGGCUGCCGUACAAUAUCACCCAGCAGAGGAAGGUCUGCUCGGGAAGCUACCUUUCGACAUUAUUCUCGAGAUCAUUGCGAAGAUGGCGCCACCGCUUCGCGGCUUUAAACCCUUGCUAAAGGAGGACAUAGAGAUGAUGCCUCGUGGUGUGCAACCCGCCAAGGGUCCCGUGGCGCUUUUGGCGGCUAAAAUCCUGGGCCCUACACCGCCGCCGGCCCCCGUGGCGGAUCCGGAGGCGUGGUUUGCGGCCGCGAACGCGGCUGCUCUUGCUGCGGCACCGCAGCAGCUCUUUGGUGACUUCGGCGCGCAGCUAGCGGAGAACGGUCCGCCUGCACCGCCGCCACCGGCGCAGGAGCACCAGCCGCACCAGGUGGCAGGCCCUGAUGCCGCGGCUGGCGCGUUACCACACCACGUUGCUGAGGUUAUGAUGUACACGGAGGCCGCUGUCUUGGCAAAUGCGGCCUUUGCUCACGCACAUGACAUGGCAGUACAACAAGAGGUCCAGGCACAGGCGUUGCUUCGUUUUCUGGUGGCCCAAGUACAAGCGCAGGCGCAGGCCGCGGCUGCUCAGCAGCAACAGCAGCAACAACAGCCGCAGCACGAGGGGGAGCAGGAAGGGGAGGGCCAGGAGCAGCAGGAAGGGGACCCGAUGGAGGAGGCUGCCAGCGAGUACGGUGAUGCUGACGGAGCCGAUGCGGAGGAGGGACAGGUUUGGGUGGCGCCGGAGGAGGACGAGUGGGACGGAACCGAGCCGAAUUGGGACGCGUUUGUCGAUGCAGAUGACGCGUGGGGCAAUGCCGUUGCUGCGUCUUCAUUGUCGAGCGCCCAAUAG